AUGCGCCAAGACUAUUGGCCAAUACAAGGAAGAAGACUACUCAACAGCAUCGUACGAAAUUGCUUCCGUUGCGUUCGUGCCUCGCCCGUUCCCCUCCAGCAGCAAACCGGCCAGUUACCGCAGCAGAGAAUCACAGUCAGCAGGCCAUUCUCCAUCACUGGGAUUGAUUACGCUGGACCAGUCUAUAUCAAACCCAUCCACAAGCGUGCAGUACCAACCAAGGCUUAUAUCAGCGUUUUCGUCUGCUUCGUUACCAAAGCGGUGCACCUGGAGUUGGUGAGUGACCUGUCAACUGCUGCAUUCCUCACCGCUCUGCGGAGGUUCAUCGCUCGCCGUGGAUGUCCGUCGCACAUACAUUCCGAUAACGGAAAGAACUUCGAAGGAGCCCGCAAUGAGCUUCACGAACUGUAUCAGCUUCUGCAACGAGAGAAAGUAUACGGAACAAUUACCACAUUUUGCGCAAACCAAGAAAUUCAGUGGCACAUGACCCCACCGAAGGCCCCACAUUUUGGUGGAUUGUGGGAGGCUGCCGUUAAGGUAGCGAAAAAACAUUUGUAUUUGCUGACGCUCGGCAAUGCAAAACUCUGCUUCGAGGACCUAUCAACCGUGUUGACCCAGAUUGAGAGUGCAAUGAAUUCGCGUCCAUUAACACCGCUUACGGAGGAUCCCAAUGACUUGGCCGUCCUCACUCCAGCCCAUUUCCUUAUCGGAACAACAUUUUCUGCACUUCCCGAUACCGAUGUCAGCCACAUUCCGAUCAGCCGAUUGGAUCAUUACCAUGCCCUGCAGCACCGAGUUCAACAGUUCUGGCACCAGUGGAAGACCGAAUAUUUGCAGGAACUACAGAAGGAGAACAAGCACAUCGUUCCAAACUCUGCAGUCCAGCCUGGUAGGAUGGUAGUCGUCGCUGAUGAAUUCCUAGCUCCAGUGAAGUGGCCUCUUGCCAGAAUUGUCAACAGCAUCGAAGGUCCAGAUGGUCUCGUCCGAGUCGUUGAUCUCCAUACCAGCAAAGGAAUCAUCCGCCGUCCGAUUACGAAGAUAUGUAUGCUGCCAUUUGAGGAAAAAACUAAAAAUAUCUUAAAUGUAAACAAUCUAUAA